UCAGUUCUCAUUUCGCACAGUUCACAAGUGAAACGUUGAGGAAAAGUUCGGUUAUUGAAAUGGAGAGUAAAAGAAAUAUAACGGAUUUGCCAUUAGAAAUACUUGAUCUUCUAUUUGGAUAUUGUGGAGAUAGCACGAACAAAGUCUACUUGGCCGUAACACAUCCGUAUUUAGUCCAGGGGUUUGUCUAUCAUUGUCGGAAUUCGAUCGAAUAUUUAUAUUUCAAUGCAGAAAUAAGCUUGAGCUUUUGGCGGACUAUUCUGCCAGUCUGCGGAUCGUAUAUAAAAGGAAUUGUCAGAUGUAUUGCAAACAAUAUUGAUGAUCACGCAGAGCUUUCAGACUUGAUUUCACUACACUGUACAAAAUUGGAGAAAAUUAAGCUCUUUUUCGUUAUGGACGAUAUAUCCUGGGUGAAAUCUUUAAUAUGCCAGGUACAAAGCACUCUUAGAGAUAUUGAACUAAAAGUACUCUUAAAUAAAAUGAAUUCUAAGAUGCUUCACGAGUUUCCUGAACUUCCCUUAUUGGAGAGGCUUUGUAUUUUCAACAUUCCCGUUGAUAACUAUUAUCACAUACGGAAAUUUGAAAAUUUAGUGGAACUUCAAAUUGGAUGCUCUGAUAUUGGAAUUGAUAUUGAUAUUUUGGUACUCUGUGCACCGCUAAAAAAACUGCGAAUAAUGCAUUUGAGAGACGUAAGGAUUAUCGCCACCGAACAAAAUGAAGUCCAUCUGUCAGUUAUACCUUUGGAGGAGCUACUCCUUUCGGGUUGUGAAAUAUUGAUAGAAUUUCCAGCGUGCUUCAAACUCAAAACCAUAGAUUUAAUGGACAAUGUGGAAAAAAAUGUUGGAGCUUUGGAACAAUUAAUUUUCAGCCAAGAAAGAAGUCUGGAAAGCCUUAGCUUUGAACGCUUCCUUAAUAAUGAAAUAUUUAUAGAUAUUAUUCAAUCAUUCCCAAAAUUGCGAUACCUUUACCUACCUGUCCUAAAUGUCAAGAUAGACCUUGAAUUUGUCAGGCAAAUCGUUGAUAUCCUGCGGGGAAACGGGGUUACACCGAAAAAUCCUUUCGUGCUCAAGGUAAACCAAUAUAACAGAAAGUAUAAGCAUCUACUACGCUGGCUAAAAUUUAUAUCACAUCCCGAAUUAAUAAAGAGAAUUGUAUGUUCAACGCCUAUCUCUCGAUUCCUCUCUUAACAUACACUACUAAAAGCCUUUGGCUGUAGGAUCAAUG